AUGGGCGGGCAUUGGCUCGGCUUCGGCUCGUCAGACUCGAUAGCUAUAGAUCAGAAUGGUCUGCCGCGUACGCUGGCCUCAGACGUGGUCGCUCUCCGGAGACACUGGACGCUUUUCUUGUCUCGCUCUCUCGGUCUGUCAACUGCCAAUGGCCAGUCCCAGUGGCCUGCUACGCCAUACAACACUUCACGAGCGCUGUCUCAGCAUACGACUGCGCUCGUCUGGCUUGUCUUUGUCGCGGUUCUCUUGCUCUUAUGCUAUCUCGGCAAUCCCAAGGAUGUCUCCUUCAGGAUAUACUUGACGGAUCUAUCGUUCAAGACACACUUGCACCGCCUGCGCACUCAGAGCGUCUCAUCAAAAGGCAGCCCACAUACGCUUGCCUUUACCAAGCGCAUGAUGAUCAGUCUCAAAACGCCAGAAUACACCCUGCGCAACUAUCAUCUCUUCUCGACAGUCACGUUGCAUCAUGAUGCGCUCAGCACGGGCGCCGAAGCGACGCUUACGCAGGACAAGCCAGCCCAGACAAGCCAGGCUGCAUUCGCAGACGAAGCCGGCUCAACAACCGGGUUCAAUCUCGCGCAACGCCAAGCUGUCUUCUUCGGCGCUCUUGGUCAUUGGUGGGCACUCGAUGAACAUGUCCAUCACGAAGCCGAAGCCAUCAAGCUAGCCACGUCCAUUGCCGCCAUGGAAACUGAUGCGACGCCGAAAUUGAUCCGUGACACCAAAGGCCAACGAGCAGCUAAACAGGCGCAGAAGCGGGAAGAGGCAGCUCGACAAAAGGCGGCGGCAGCAGAAGCGGCUGCCAAAGCCAGGCGAACCGCACCAGCUCACCCACGACACGACGACAGGGCACGAACAUCCAGCAGAACGGUCUCGGCUGCUCAUACAGAGCUAUUGACGCAGCUAGAGCAGGUCAAAGAGACUAGUCGAGCAACGCAGCACCAGCUCCAAGCAGAUCUCGAAGAACUGAGGAAUCAGAAGCGCGAAGACGAUCUAGCGAGGGUGACGCUGAAGGCUCGCACUAGAGCUGCAGAGGACGCUCGUCGAGCAUCGGAGCAAGGACAUUUACAGACUGAGCGAAAGCUGACCAUGACACGCAACGCCAAGCGAACUGCGCAAGACCACACAGCCCGCCUACGUUCAGAGCUCGGACGACUGGAGAAACGAAAGAGCGAAGCACUGGCAAAGAUCGAUACCCAAGCUGCUCGUGCGAGGACAGACCUGGCAAAAGUCAGAUCUGACGUCGCUCGCAAGACGAGUGAAGUCAAGGAUGCAGAGGCAUCCAUGGCAGCUGCAAGGAAUCGCGUCCAAGCCAGCGAAGCCAGUCUUGAGAACCUCAAAACCCGACUGGCUCUCAAGCAGUCAGCUUUGAUCAGUCGUUAUUACGAGCAAGUCACGCCAUCCGGCCUCACUGCCGCGCAUAGGUUUUACGAAACACCCAACGAACAAGCUUACCUGCCUGCGUUGCCGCAGCCGAGACAAGAAUCCACAAACUAUUCACCUCUGGUCGACUCAGCCCUAUCGGCGCUAGGAGGCUCGUCACACAGCCCGUGGGCAGACGCCUCUGCAAUUGCCGGCUCAAAGCCGCUCCUGCCUCCUUCUAGCCUGCACCUUCAUUCCGCAAGCCGGUCGCACCUGCCACACGGCAUAUUUGAUGACGAUCAGUCCGCAGUCGGUCAGCGGCAGCACGCCACCAUCUGGAACGAACCGAGCGCGGCUCAGGAAAUCAAUCGCACUUCGGUAAGGUCGAGGCCGUUUGACCCAUGGGAAGAAGAUGCGUUGUUAGCCAGGCACUGA